AUGGAACUGGACUCGAAUAUUUGGCCAGAGUGGCUCAAAGUAUGGGACUGUGAAUAUAGAAAAAAAUUUUAUGUAAAUUAUGAUGCUCGAUUCUACACAAAUAAAGCACACAGGUACAAUAUUUUUUAUAAAACGAAUUGGAAAGAGCUUGAGCUAGAAAUUAGGGGCAAUUGUCUGUUUGGUUAUGACAAAAAUGGGUAUGAUAGGGGAACGGAAAGUGGGCCCGUUAUGGGUUGGCUGCUCGAGCAUGUGAAUUUUAACAUUGGAAUCCCUACACAUUUGCUUUCUCUCCCUAGCAAUUUAAAAUUAACGAGUUUAGAUGACUCCACGAUUAUAUAUAUUCACGAAAACGACGAGCCGGAUCUGGCCUUCUUGGCCAUAUUCUGCCCCUCGGACGAAGAAACGAACGAGCUUUUGGGACGUUUAAAACAAUGCAGUUUAACAUUCUUUAAGUCGUCGGUUGGGAAGAGGCUGUUUAACGUCCAGCCGGCGGUUCUCGCGCUCCGCGAGAAGGCUGAAAUAACGACGAACAUGGCUUUAAACAGGCUGGAGUCGCUCAAGUACGAGCAUGACUUCAUGAAGAGGCAACAGGAAGCCUUGAAGCUGGACAACACGCUGCUGGCCACCCAGUCGAGCGUCAACAGUCAGCUGUAUUCGGAGAGUAUUCAGCUGCACGUCCAGGAAAAUUCACACCUCAAAAACGAGCUCGAGAUGGCGCUGAAGGAGAUAAGCCUGAGGGACGAAACCAUCAGCAAACUUAAGCGCGAGCUCGCCAACGUCAAGCAGACAGCGGCGGAAACGCAGGAGUCGGUAGAAGAGUUGCGCAGUCAGCUCAAUUCGACAAACACGGCGCUGGACGAGGCGAACAUGAUCCCGGACAGGAAACUGAGAGCGCUGUACACGAAGAAGGCGAAGCAGGUCAGCCUGCUGUCACUGGAGCUUCUAUCCGCAAGGUUCGACAACUCUAAGCUUGUCGCCAGAUACCACUCACUCAAGGGGGAAAUGAAGAACGAGCUGGAUAAAAUUCACGACAUGGUAGAGGCGGACUACAUCUACUCCUUUCUGAAGCUGUGGAUUUUGUGCAACGAACUGAAGGUUGAAUACUAUGAAAAUUUGCCUGACCUCACCUUCGACGAGCGAAACAAGUUAUUAGAAAAGAUUGAAAAGACUCAGUUGCAACUUAAUAUUUCAAUGACAAUUGCAAGAGCAAUGUACAUAUCGUAUCGUACUCAGAUUUUUGACCAGGUGCUGAACUCGUUCGUGGACAACAGAUUCGGCACUUUCAAAGCAUCGCAUAGCCUAAUGAACUCGGCCUUUGAGAAGAUUUCGUGGGUUUUCCAGCCUGAGGCUGGAGAGGUUGACUCGCCGGGACCAGUGUGGAUCAACAACGUGAAGAUGACGAGGCUGAUGGAAAACACGCUCUACAACAACGGCGGCAGCGUGUGGUACAACCGGGUCUCAUUUGCGUCCGCGCUGAGGCCGGUGGUCACGUACGACCAGGACGAGAAGAGCGACCUCGAGGUCAAGAAGAGGCUCUACUGCCUCCUGGAUCAGAACAACCAGCUCAGGCAGAAGCUGAGGUCGCUGAGUAAGCAGAUCGGAAGCGACUACCACUGGAAAUCGAUUUGGAAGCGGACUCAGCUCAAGAGGAAGCCGAGUGCCGCCAAAUAA